GUAUUUGACUUAACCAACUAUUGUGUCUAAGUGUCAUCCUAAGAAAUACUGUCAAAAUGGUUGCUAAGUUUACAAUAGUUUUCUGUGCUCAGUCGCUGUUGGUUCAGGUUGCAUUUGGACAACUCGGCCUUCUGGGUGGCUUAGGUGGUAGUGGGUCUGUUGUCGACAAUGCUGUUGCUAUUAAUAGUGGACCAACUGCCGUACUUGACGGACUUAAUGUACUAAGUACAGUUGGCACACUCGGCGCACUAACCAGCCUUGGCGGAGUUGGCGGAGUUGGCGGAGUUGGCGGGGUUGGCGGAGUUGGCGGUCCAGGUGGAGUCGGAAAAGCAAUUGCCUCAGCCGGAAAAAAUCUUGCCCUGAAGAGACCUAGCCGUAGCGUUGCCAAUUGUGGUCUUGGUGUAAUCGGAUCUGGACUUAACGUGGUGAACGGUGGACUCGAUUUAGCUGGACUCGGUUUGGGUAAUGUGGGCAUCUUAGUCAGCAACGGCGCGAAUUUGGGCACGGUCAGUAACGCUGUGGUCCCCGCGAGUUCGUAUAUAAAUUUGGCAUCUUUAACUAACGGUGGUGUUCUACCUAUAUCUAGUUGCAACUCACUGGUUCCUAAAGGUUUUGCUGUUUUAUCUGAUAAUCCAGUUGAAGGCGCUUUGCUAGUAAACGGUCCAACCGCUUGUGGCUGUGGAAGCAUUGGUAAUAUUGGUAUAAUAAGUGAAAAUUAUGGACUCGGUGCGGGUCUAAAUGGACUCAGUGUGGGUGUGAAUGGACUGGGUGGAGUUGGUUCCAGGCUAGGUGGCCUCGGUUUGGGGACGGUAGUAUUGAAUGCGUUUGGACAAUUAUCUGGAUUUGGAAAUUCUUUCGGAAACAAUUUGGGACUUGGAAACAAUUUAGCUGCUAAUACCUUAGCUGCAAAUAAUCUUGCUGCAAACAACAAUCUAGUCGCUAGCAAUAUAGCUGCGAACAAUCUAGCUGGAAACUCUAUUUUUGGUAAUAAUCUAGCUAAUAAUUUAGCUAGUAACAGUCUUCUUUCAAAUAAUCUUCUGGGAAAUAAUAUUGAUGCAAAUGUUUUAGCAGCUAAUGCUGCAGGACAUAACAGUUUAGCUGUGAAUAAUUUCUUGAAUAAUAAUUUGGCAGCAAAUAGUUUAGCUAAUACUAAUUUCGCAGCUAACAACUUCGGUGGAAAUCUUGCAGCUAAUAAUAUAAUUGCUAACAAUUUAGCCGGUAACAAUCUCGCCAUGAACAAUUUAGCAAAUAACUUUGGUACCAACAAUUUUGGUGUCAACAAUUUAGCAUCUGACAUUGCGUUUAAUAACUUAGGAAACAAUUUGGCGACGAAUAAUUUGGCUGCAAAUAGUUUGUUAGCAAACAAUCUAGCAGGAAAUAUUGGUUUUAACAAUUUGGCUACAACCAAUAAUUUGAUUAAUAAUGUUGGAAUAAACAAUUUGGCCAAUGACGUGAUUGGUGUAAACGGAAUCACAUCUGGCAUAAGUCAAAGUGCUGUUGGAGAAAUUAUAGUGAGCGGUGAGAUGCCUGUUGGCGGGACGACUGGCGUCACUGGCAACAUGCCAGUUAUCGGAUACGUGACGUUUGAAGGAUAUGUGCCAGUCGGCGGUUCUGUUACAGUUGCCAAUAACUGUGACUGCCUCAGCACGCCUGGUCAACCUUAAUAAAAAAAUUCUGCAUUUAAUAUUAUGUAUUAUUUUAUUAAUUUAAUUAAGUAAUUGUUGAAAUAAAUAUUUUAAAAUUGUUAA